AAACACUCCCCUUCCCCCUCUCACCCCAAGAAGAAAAAGAGAUUCCUUGCAUGCCCCACAUCUUUUGCCUUUCAAAUAUUCCUUACUCGUGUACAAAUGAAAUUCACCUAUUGAUUCUUCGUUCAUACUCUCUCCUCCGCCAUCUCCAUCUCUCAUACAAAACCAUAAUCUGCUCCAGGUUUCUCCAUUUCCCCCUCCUCCUUGGCCUCAUGGUGCCAGAGUUAGAGAAAGCUAGAGUCACCGAGAUACAAGUCCGGAUGGACUGCAAUGGUUGUGUACAGAAGAUUAGGAAGGCGCUGCAUGGUAUUCAAGGUAUAUAUGAAGUUUACCCUGAUAUUACUCAACAGAAAUUGACAGUAAUAGGCUGGGCAGAUCCAGAAAGAAUAGUCAAGGCAAUUAGAAAAACUAGGAAGGUUGCAACGAUCUGUUCCCAUUCAGAACCAACUGAAGCUGCUGUACAGCCAACAGAACAACCGCCUGAAGGCGGUCCACCAGCUCCAGAGGCAGUAAAUCCUCCCCCAUCAGAAGCUCCACCAGCUGAAGCUGCUCCGCAACCUCAAUCACAACCUGAGGCAGCCCCACCUGCAGAGCCACCAAAAGACCAACCGCCACCAGAGAAUCCACAACCAGAGCCAGCACGAGCACCAGCAGCUGCUACUGAUGCCAAUGCCAGCGGCCAGCAGCCACCCCAACCUUCUGGACCAAAAGAUGUCGGAGAUGUUCAUGUAAUAUGCCAACACCCGCCUGAUUGCGGACAUAGAUAUGGCUAUGUUCACAGCUACGGAGGGCCCUGGAGCAGACAGUACCCCAACAACAAAGGCAAUUUCUAUCCUGAGCCACUAAGCAGACACCCCAAUAGCCAAGUUUUCCACCAUGAACCACCUCAACCUGCCUUCGUAACUCACAGCUACAACACCUACAAGCCAUCACCAUACGUAACGGAAUAUGAGUAUGUCCAUUCACCACCACGGUCCACGCAUUACAGUAGGAUUGAUCAUUACAACGAGGACUAUCACAAUAAUUACAUCAGUGGCAGCAGUAGUAGCAGCAGCCAUGGCAAUGGAAAUAUUACAUCAAUGUUCAGCGAUGAAAAUCCCAACGCUUGUAGAAUCAUGUAGAUAGUUCUAGCGAUGAAGAGAUGAAAAGGGGCUCCUUCGUUUGCCUCUGAGAGGGAGAAAGUUAAUAAAGAAUAAUUUAUGAAGAACCAUAGAAUCUUGAAGCGGCAAUGGUUUCCUAAGAGCAUGUGCAAGAAAAAAAGGAAAAAAAAAACCUUCAAAUGUUGAGGGAGGUAUAGAUUCUAUGCUUGUAAGUGCUGGUAGAAUCGAUUCUGCAAUCCACUUCUGAGAGAGCUAUUUUUUGCUAUCAGGGUCAUUUCUUGUAGAAGGAAUGUGCUAAAGAUGUUGUCAUA